AAUUGUUUGUUUUUUGUUUUUUCACCAUGUUUAUGUGGACAUGAACAAAUUUAAUGUAUUUUCUCUUGAAACGUCUGACUUCAAAUUUACAGAGGCGUAUAGGCUACUGUAAUUUUAUUUGAAGUGCGCGAGAUUUCAGUGAAAAGUUAUUAAAAUAACUUAAAGAGUGUUACAAUAACAAAUACAAAUUUUCUUCGAUAAUGUCUGAUGCGAGAGGCUCCAAAGGCGCAUCUGCCUUACUGAUAGCGAAACCGGCAAAUCUAGAAUGUAAAAAUUUCGAAGAAUAUCUUAAAUCUCGACCACCUGAAGUGUUGGAAAAACUGUACAAUUAUCCAGCGAUUUGUCUGGCCGUUUACCGUGAACUGCCGGAGAUUGCGCGUCAAUUUGUGAUAAGGAUCCUGUUCGUUGAGCAAGCGAUGCCACAGGCAGUUGUUUCUUCUUGGGGAUCCCAAGUCUACGCUAAAGAAAACAUAACUAUCUCACGUGUUUUAACGGAGCUCGGCGUGUGGCGCAGUGCUGCUAUCCCAGGAGGUCUCGACGCGUGGGAAAUAUCUUCGACCUUUAAGAAAAACCUGAAAAUUGCCUUACUAGGUGGUGGCCGUCCCUGGUCGAUGUCUAAUGCGAUGGAUCCAGAUCAAAAAUCACGAGACGUAGAGUUUCUGGAUGUUUAUGCGAUGUCCCGAUGGCGGUGCGUGCUCCACUACAUGGUUGGAGCUGGUAGUUCCAAGGGCAUGGAGGGGGAAGGAAUAUCCCCCGAUGCGGUGAGAAUUUUACUUCAUGCUAAUUUAAUGAAACGUGAUGAGACCGACGGAAGUCCAGUAAUUACGAGGCAAGGAUUUCAAUUUCUUUUGCUCGAUACGCAAGCACAAGUAUGGCACUUUAUGCUACAAUAUUUAGACACCUGCGAGUCUCGUGGGUUGGACUUGGCGGAAUGUUUAUCUAUGUUGUUCCAACUGAGCUUUUCAACUCUCGGGCGGGAUUACAGCUCCGAGGGAAUGAGUCAAGGUUUGCUCACGUUUUUACAACAUUUGCGAGAGUUUGGUUUGGUUUAUCAACGGAAACGGAAGGAGGGACGAUUUUAUCCCACAAGGCUAGCUCAUAACAUCACGUCGAAAAAUGCGGUUCCAGCCAUGCAAGAGGAUGGAUCCUCGGUUCAAGACAAAGGAUAUAUAAUCGUCGAAACCAACUAUCGUGUGUAUGCAUACACGGAUUCGAACCUGCAAGUUGCUCUUUUGGGUUUGUUCACAGAAUUGCUGUACCGGUUUCCCAAUCUUGUAGUUGGUGUGCUAACCCGUGAUUCCGUGAGGCAAGCUUUUAGAGGAGGCAUUACAGCAGAACAAAUUAUUAGCUACUUGGAACAACACGCGCAUCCAACGAUGCUUAAUGUGGAACAAGCGGUCAACUCGAAAUCACCACUCCCACCCACUGUGGUAGAUCAGAUCAAGCUGUGGGAAAACGAACGAAAUCGGUUCACGUACACCGAAGGAGUAGUGUACAAUCAGUUCCUAUCGCAGGCCGAUUUUAACACACUGAGGGAUUAUGCUCAAUCGAUCGGAGUGAUGACCUGGCAGAACGAACGAACACGCACCAUGGUGGUCACUAAAAAUGGCCAUGACGAUGUGAAAAAGUUUUGGAAACGCUACUCCAAGGGUGGUGGAUAAAUACGCAAAAAAUUACAAGAUACCGUACGAUAAAUGCGCAAAGCCCAUUUCGAUGUUUAUUUCAUUCGCUCAAAUAAAUCAGCCACACAUUUUCGUGA